AUGCUGAAAGCAACCAACGUCUCCAAGGCUACUAUGGGCAGCAGGCAAUCCUUGGAUUUAUUGUAUUUCCCUGUGGUAAAGCAACCACAGAUGUUCCCCACACUGAUAUUCUGAGCUACCACUCAACAAGGCACCAGAAUACCUGUACAUUUGCAUAUUUCAUUAACAUUAGUGGUAGUAACCCCAGGUAAAAAAAAAAAAAAAACUAAAUUAAGUGGACAAAGUGGGCAUUGUUCUUCCCAAAUAUACUUUGCUGCACUUUUCCCACUUUGUUUCCAAUGUUGUUACUCCAUUAGUACCAUAACGUGUCAAAAUCCUUGUAUUCUUCCUCUUUAGGUUCACAUACACAUUGGGGGAAGGGAUGUGGUUACCAUUGAGUAAAAGCUUUGUCAUUCCACCUGCUGAGCUGGCAAUCAACCCUUCAGCCAAGUGCAAGACUGAUAUGACUGUCAUGGAAGAUGCUGUGGAUGUGAGGUGA